GCUGUCAGAAAAAGCUCCUGUUGUCUGCGGACAGGCUGGCGGACAGAGGGGCGUCCUUAACGCGGAGAUCCCAGCAGCCCGAUCAGAGGCGGCCGGAGGAGGAGGAGAGACCCGCAGCAGCUUCACGCAGCCUCCGCAUAAAACGAGGGAGCACCACUGAUGUCUGCGGACUUGACAGAAGGCCCAGACCUUGACAGGCUAGAAGAGGAAGAGCAGACGUCAGAAGCACGGAGCGGCGACAGGAUGGCGUCCGUACCGGAGUACUACGCAGGCAAGAGUGUCUUGAUCACUGGAGCCACGGGCUUCAUGGGGAAGGUGCUGGUGGAGAAGCUGCUGAGGUCCUGUCCUGACGUUAAAGCCCUCUACAUCCUCGUUAGACCCAAAGCCGGUCAGUCCAUGAGGCAGAGGGUCAGCGACAUGAUGAAAUGCAAGCUUUUUGACCGAGUCAGGGAGGAGAACCCCGACUUCCACCAGAAGAUCAUCCCCAUCAGCAGCGAGCUGACGCAGCCUGGCCUGUCCAUCAGCUCGGAGGACGUGGAGAGGCUCAAAGCCUGCAUCAACGUCAUCUUCCACUGCGCCGCCACCAUCCGCUUCGAUGAGCCGCUCAAACACGCCCUGCAGCUGAACGUGAUCGCCACGCAGCAGCUCCUCAGCCUGGCCCGGCAGAUGCACCACCUCGAGGCCUUCAUUCACAUCUCCACCGCCUAUGCAAACUGCAACAGAAAGUACAUCGAUGAGAUCAUCUACCCGCCACCUGUCGAGCCCAAGAAGCUCAUUGACUCUUUGGAGUGGAUGGACGACGGCAUCGUGCAAGACAUCACGCCGCGCCUCAUCAGCGACAGGCCCAAUACGUACACCUACACCAAAGCCCUGGCUGAGAACGUGGUGCAGCAGGAGCAGGACAAGCUCCACAUCGGCAUCAUCAGACCCUCCAUAGUGGGAGCCAGCUGGCAGGAGCCUUUCCCUGGUUGGAUCGACAACUUCAACGGGCCGAGCGGAGUCUUUAUCGCUGCCGGGAAGGGGAUCCUGCGGACCAUGAGGGCCAACAACGACGCCGUGGCCGACCUGAUCCCGGUGGACGUGGUUAUCAACCUGACCCUGGCUGCAGGCUGGUACACCGCCAUGCACAGGCCGAAAACGGCUCUGGUGUACAACUGCACGACCGGCGGCAUCAACCCAUUCCACUGGGGGGAGAUUGAGCACCAUGUGAUAUCGUCCUUUAAGAGGAACCCUCUGGACCAGGCUUUCCGAAGGCCCAACGCCAACAUCACCUCCAACUACCUGAUCAAUCAGUACUGGAUUCUGGUCAGCCACAAGUUCCCCGCCUUCAUCUACGAUCUCUUCCUCCGUCUCUGUGGACAGAAGCCACAGAUGAUGCGCAUCUUUAAUCGUCUGCACAAGGCCAUCAACCUGCUGGAGUACUUCAGCAGUCAGGACUGGGAGUGGAGCUCUGAGAACGUGAACAUGCUGAUGAACCAGAUGACUCCUGAUGACAGGAAGGCAUUUAACUUUGAUGUGCGCCAGCUGAACUGGCCAGAGUACAUUGAGAACUACUGCAUCGGCACCAAGAAGUACGUCCUGAACGAAGACAUGUCCGACAUUCCUGCUGCCAGGCAGCAUCUAAGAAAGUUGAGGAACAUCCGAUACACCUUCAACACGCUGCUAGUUGUUUUCAUCUGGCGGGUGUUCAUCGCCCGCUCCCAGAUGGCCAGAAACAUCUGGUACUUCGUCGUCAGCCUCUGUUUCAAGUUCCUCUCCUACUUCCGUGCAUCCAGCACCUUAACCAACUGAGUCUUCCAGACAGCCUUGAGCCAGAGACGGACAGCCCUCGCCUUUAGCUGUCGGUUGUAAAUAAAAAAAAAAAAAAAAUCACCUUACGCCCAGACACUCUCGAUGUGGACAAACGGGGCUCUCCACAGAGGGGCGUCUGCAGCCGAGUGAAGUCAGAAGGAGAAUAACGAGGUCUUUUGCCAUUUACUUAUUUGUUAAGUUGGGAAAUCCGUCGUUUAAAGCUUGACAUUCCCUGUCAGGAAACCCCGUCCAUCGAAGAAAGCGUUGUCUUCUUUUCUACCGUACGUUUCCCUCAAAGUGGCCAAUUAUAUAUGCAACGAUACACCUUCUGUGUGACUCUCACCCGCCUUCCCCAACCCCGUCAAUCUCAGAUCAUCAUCUGGCCUUGUGAUAUCUUUGUUUUCCAUACUUGAAAUGCAACGUUGAUGCAGAGGUGGAGGAUCUCAACAUAUUUUUUUAUUUUAUUCUUGAAUACAUCUUGCAUUACGUGCAUCGACUGCCUUUUUUUAAGAUGACACUCCACAUUAUUUACAAAAGUCGUAAAAGAUCACAUUUGCCCUCACAUGGCUUCGGAACGUGGAGACAUGCUAGUUAGAUGAUGUGUUAAUCGCUUCUUUUAUGGCGAACCUUGUCGGAAUGCUCAUGUUUAUACAGCUGUUUGUACUGAACUGGGUUUACUACUUUUACAUCUUUAUAC